AUGAACAUAUGGGAUGGAGGUAGCACUCGACUACGGUGUUGCUUGCCCUCAAUCAAUCAAUCAAUUGCCCAGUACUCGUGUCUCUAUCCCACGGCGUGUCUUCAAGUGAUUAGCUGCACCGCACAUGAAAAGUCUGAGGCUGCUAGUCUACAAGUUCAAUUAGUUCCAUGGCGCUCACGCCGUCGUUGUUCCUGCUGCUGCUGCGACGCGACGGAGGAGGUGGCGGAGAGGCGAGAGGAGUUCGACGGUGGGCGGAUCAUCGACAUCAGCCACUACAACCGGGAGGAGAUGCCCGCGUGGGAGUCGGCGGGCGGCACCGGCGAGUUCCUCCGGCUGGUGAGGUCCAUGCGCAACGCCUCCGACAUCGCCAACUUCCGAGCUCCGCACUCCGGCACGCACGUCGACGCGCCCGGCCAUGUCUUUGACCACUACUACCACGCCGGCUUCGACGUCGACACUCUCGACCUCGCCCUCCUCAACGGACCAGCGUUAUUGGUUGAUGUUCAGGAUAAUAACAUAACAGCUAAUGUCAUGGAAUCUUUGCAUAUUCCUAAAGGAGUUCGACGUGUGCUCUUUCGAACUUUAAAUACAGAUAGGAAGCUUAUGUGGAAGAAAGAAUUUGAUACAAGUUAUCUCGGUUUUAUGAAGGACGGUGCUCAAUGGUUGAUUGAUAAUAGUGACAUUAGACUAGUUGGGGUUGACUACCUGUCUGUGGGAGCGUUUGAUGAAUGCAUUCCAGCUCAUUUAGUUUUUCUUGAAAAAAGAAAAGUCAUACUCGUGGAAGCCUUAAAUUUAGAGCAUGUUACUCCAGGAAUAUACACCUUACAUUGCUUGCCACUAAGGUUGCGUGGUUCUGAAGGCUCCCCAGCAAGGUGCAUUCUCAUCAAGUAACAAAUGUUUAUGGUGUUGACAGUGAAUGGUAUCGGUUGUUGUGAUGGAAGAUAUAUAUGCUAUGACCUAUGUAUUACAAACUAUGUUAGUCCUCUCCGACAUGUAUCAUUGUAAAAUAAAAAGAAUAAUCCAUUUACCA